AUGGAAUGGAAAUUGCCAGAUGUCUCCAAUCCACGGUGCUCAAGAGUUGAUUUAAAAAAAAAAAAAAAAUUACUAAAAGAAAGUUGGCAGCGCCGGGGACGAAGUCUAGUUCUUCGCGAUUUCCUCUCGAACUGGUCUCAAGUUGGAACGCGGAACACGUUGUUUCCACUUCUGUGUACGCGCGGAUAGAUAUAUGUUAUCUUGUUAUGUCGUCCCGGCAAUCGGAUCAAACAUUAAGCCAGUCCAGACGGCUGUUUGUUAAAAAUGAACCUGAAGCUCGAAACAUGCAGAAGAAUUAGAAACUUCUGAAUUAAUUUGUCAAUCGUAACAAAAACAUGAAGCUUUUAUUGAAA